AAAACCGAAGCGGCGACGGAUCCCGCGUGGGAAUGCGAGGGAAAAGGAGCUUGUGAAUUGAAACAGAAGCGAUUUGCUGAUAAAAUCAUGCCUCAUAUCCUCAACUUGUACGGGUCCUGCGCAAAAGCCAACGAUUUUGACAUGUACGCACCAAAUGCUUCCUUUGAGGACCCUUUAACACAUGCUCAAGGGGUGAAGCAGAUCAAAUCAGCAUUUUAUUCACUCUCUAAGGUGUUCGGUGAGUCGAAAAUAGUUGAAUAUCAUAUUCAGGAGAGUGAAAUCGCACCGGGGAAGAAAGAGAUACUAAUUGACAACAAACAACACUACAAGAUCAUGGGAAAGAACAUAGAUAUGAUCUCUCUUAUUAAGCUCUAUGUCGAGAACGGGAAGAUUGUCCGACACGAAGACUGGUGGGACAAGAAACCUCUGAGGAACAGAGACACGGUUAGCUUCCCGUUAGUGGGGCGUGCAAUGGAGAUGGGUCGAAGAGGCUUGAUGCUAGCGACUCACGCCAUGAUGGGUUUUGGUAAAGAUCCGGACUCGCAUUGA